CUUUACAAUUCCAUACAAUAUGAGUACCAUUACGGUAUCAUUACAUGGGACUGUUUGUAAACGACAAGGAUGUGGCUGUGUGUUGAGCUAUAAGAAAACAUAUGUUGGAACAUGCCUGGUCGUAUCCUGGGGGUGUAGGUCUGGUCAUGUUGGAGGCAGAUGGGCAGCUCAACCCUCUUGCAACAAGAUUAGAGCAGGCAACCUCGUGCUUGCUUCUGCUUUGUUGUUGUCUGGCAAUUCCUACGCCAAGGUGGGGUUGAUGUUCAACUUCUGUAAUCUGCAGUAUUUCUCAUCAAUAUUAUUCAAUCAGUAUCAGAAGUUGUACAUCAUCCCUGCCAUUAAUGACUACUGGGAAGAACACAAACAGAAAUGUUGGAAAGAAAGAGAGAACAAAGAGGUUAUAUUGAGUGGUGAUGGAAGGAAUGACUCGCCUGGCCAUAGUGCACAUUAUUGUACUUACAGCUUGGCUGAUACCAAUGAUCGUGCCAUACUGCAAAUGAAUGUGGUUGAUGUGAGAGAAGCUGCUGGUAAGAGCAAUAAUAUGGAGAGGAUUGGGUUUGAAAGAGGGAUGGACACACUGCUUGCAUCACCAAUAGUUAUGAAGGAGGUGGUAACUGAUGGUCAUAUUGAAAUUGCUGCAUUGAUGAAAAGGGAAGAGAAAUAUAAGGAGGUCACACAUCAGAAUGAUGUGUGGCAUGGAGCAAAGAACAUUGCAAAGAAAAUCACUACUGCUGCUAAAUCUAAAGACAAUGCAGAUUUGACCUUGUGGGCACCAUCAAUAAGGAACCAUUUUUGGUAUUGUUCAAAAACAUGUGCUAAUGACUCAAAAAAUCUCAAAGAUAAGUGGAUUGGUAUUUUACACCAUGUUGUUGAUGAGCAUGCGUGGGUGUUGGAGGAAGGUGUAAAUGGUGGAAAAUGUGAACAUGAUCCUCUUAAUGAAAGUGAGAGAAAGAAGCCAUGGCUUAAGAAAGAGUCUUCUGCCCAUAAAGCACUGGCAAAGAUCAUUCUGGACACUCGCUUUUUAAACACUUUGGUGUAUUAG